UUUCACUAAAGUUAUAAUUAAUCAAUUAUACCCCUAUAUAUAAGCUUUUCACAGUAACUAUACUCAUACAAAUUAAUGAUCCUCCUUUUAAUCGAUAACAAUAUUGAUGAUUGAUUACUUCCUUCACUGAUUCCCUCUUCCUACAAGCUCCUCAAUUUCGUCUCCAAUUUUCUUUCCAUGGAGACAAUACCCACCACGGAAAUCCAUCUUCCUCCUGGAUUUAGAUUCCACCCAUCUGAUGAGGAGCUCAUAGUCUACUACUUGAAGAACAAAGUAGAUUCAAGACCUCUUCCUGCUUCUAUCAUUGCUGAGCUAGACCUCUACAAGUAUAAUCCAUGGGACUUGCCAAAGAAAGCUUCUUUUGGUGAGGAUGAAUGGUAUUUCUUUACACCAAGAGACAGGAAAUAUCCUAAUGGAGCAAGACCAAAUAGAGCAGCUGCCUCAGGUUAUUGGAAGGCGACAGGAACUGAUAAGCCAAUUCUUACAUCUUGUGGGACGACUAAUAUUGGUGUUAAGAAGGCUCUUGUGUUCUACAAAGGACGACCUCCUAAAGGAAUUAAAACAGAUUGGAUCAUGCACGAAUAUAGAUUACUGGAGACAUUAGCCUGGAAUCCUAAGAGAAAAGGUUCCAUGAGGCUGGAUGAUUGGGUGCUUUGUCGAGUUAGAAGAAAAAGCAGCCUUCCCGGGAGCAGUUGGGAAGAUAGAAAUGUUCCUAGUUAUGAACCCGCAGGUGGCUACUUUCCAAUAGUGAUGAAUGAUCCCAGUAUUCUAUACAAUGAUUGCCCAAUGUUACCUUACAUAUUUGCGUCACAGAAUUUUUCAUGCAAUGAGAAAGCCUCAGCCUUCAGGUUCCAGACUAAUGAUAAACCUUGCACUUCGUUGAUCUCCGAUGAGAAAAAUCUUCAGUUCUCGAUUACUUCUCUCGACCACCUGCAGAAGAGUUGCGUUCUACCUAGCAAAAAAAUCACAAAGGUAAACAUUGAAAGUGAGGAUACUGUUAAAACUAUUAGCGACAAUGAAAGUAUGAACUUUUAUGGAACAGACCUGUCUGAAGGUAGCCAUGUCGGUUCUGUUCAAUGGGAUUCUCUCAUGCAACAUCAAGACCUUCAUCAUUUGGCAUUCACAGGGAACGAGUAGAAUGAAAAGAUACAUAUAUACAUAUAUGUGUGUAUACAUAAACUUGUGUAUAUAGGUGUCGUAUAGCAUGUGUGUAUAUGUAUAUGUAUAUUUAUUGAGAUUGGGGAACUCAGAAUUUCUUAACUGUAUGCUUGAUCAGUUGGCUAGUAUAUGCUGUCUUUUCCUUAGGAAAAAAGGUAAGUUGUAACAGAAAUAAAAAUCAGAUAUGUAUGGUGAUUCUUUCUUCAAUGGAUAUAUAUUUAGUGUCUCAGCAAGUAAGAUCGAAUAUGAGAAAAAAGGGUUAGACUC